AUGGAUACAGAUUCGAUUAUUACAAAAGGUGAAUCAGAAUCCGUCAUCGUGGUAAAUGAUGAUGUUAAUGGACCACCUGUUAUUCAAGAAUUUUUUUCAAAAUUGAAUAUUAAUAUUGAAAAGAAUCGAUGGACUUGUUGCUGCAAUAUUUGUUCAUUAUCAGUUACAGAUACAUAUAAAACAACUUCGAAUUUUUUAAAGCACAUAAAAACUAAACAUCGAUUAGCAUUUGAUGAAUGGAAAGAUUCGACCAAUAAUAAACGUCAACAGCUUCUCACCAACAGUCUCAUUCGAAAUCUUAUUAUUAAUAUGAGUCUUCCAUUAUCGACAGUCGACAAUGAAUCGUUUAUGAAUUUUAUGUUAGAUGUUGAUCCAAAGUACAAAAUGAUUAAUAGACGUGAUAUUACACGUUCGUUUCUUCCUAUUAUGUAUAAAAAAUGUAUAAAAAAGCUACAGGACAUUUGUAAUCGAUCAAAAUAUGUUAGUCUCACUCUUGAUAUAUGGAGUGAUCGUAGAAUGCGUAGUUAUUUUGGCAUUACACUUCACACAAUUAUUGAUGAUCAAUAUAAAACUUAUGUUCUUUCGUUCGAACGUCUAAAAGGUAAACAUUCUGGUGAUAAACUUGCUGCUGAAUUUGAUCGUGUUAUACAAAUGUACAAUUUAAAGGAUAAACUUGUUAGAAUAGUUACUGAUAAUGCAAGUAAUAAUCAAGCUGCAUUUGAUAAUCUUGUAUUACCCGGUUUUGAAGAAUAUUUUAAUGAUAUUGAUGAUGAUCAAUCUGAACGUGAAACAAGUGAUGAAGAUAGUGAUAAUAAUGAAUUGUACGAAAAUAGUCAAUUACAAGCAGAAGAAGUAGAUGAUGACAUAUAUGGAACAACACUUAAUACACCAGCUGAACAAGAAUUUUUACGAUUACCAUGUUUUAGUCAUUGUCUUCAACUUGUUGUUAAUGAUGGAAUUAAAGCUGCUGGUGGUGCAUUAUCAUCUCUUAAAAAAGUAGCUGAUCUUGCUAAACUUGCACAUACAAGUACAUCAUUUGCAGAACGUUUAGAAGAACAAAAGUACAGUAUUCCUCUUGCUAAUCGAACUCGAUGGAAUUCACAAUUUCAAACUGUGAAGAAAGUUAUUAGUAUUCCAUCCUUCAUUCUUAACUCCAUUUUAACUGAUUUAAAAAAAAAUAAUCUUAUUCUUAAUACUAAAGAUAGAAAAAUUUUAGAAGAUUUUGUUUCUUUAUUUGAACUGUUUAAUGAAGCUACUGUUCUAACACAAGGUGAAUUUUAUGCUACUGUUAGUCUUGUUGCACCUACUAUUCUUGGUAUUCUUUUUGAUCUUGAGCGUGAACAUGCUUCUUCAAAUUUAUCUCUUGUAUCUGUGUGUGAAGCACUUCUUUCAUCUCUGAAAGCUCGAUUUAGUGGACUUCUUCGUCAUUUCGAAAUUGAUGUACCAUUUGCUUUUUAUUCCAUGUCUGAACGUUUUUCUGAUCCUAUCUUUCUAAUUGCGCCACUUCUAGAUGCACGUUUUAAGUUGUUAUGGCUCGAUAAUCUUCAAUUUGCGAUAAAGUUACGUGUUAUCGAAACAAUUUACAGUACUUUUGUUCGUUUUUUCUCAAAAUCGAAUUUUUCUGUAUCACAACCAGAAGGAGCUGAUGAGUCGAACGUAGCUGAACAAGAUAUUACUGAUAUGAUGACCAAACAUGUUGAUCCAACAACAAAAAGAAAAUGUCUUUUUCCUUACUUAAAUGAUACAAAAAAGAUUUCAUUUGAUGACAAAUCGAAAGUUUUGGUGGAGCUUGAUGCUUUUCUAUCGGAAAGAAGCAAUGAAAAUAAUUUACUUUUUCUCAAGAAAAAUCUUUAUCCUUCUCUAUAUGAACUUAGUCUAAAAUACUUGUCAGUACCGGCUACAUCAGCUCCUAUUGAAAGAAUAUUUUCUAAAAGUGGUUUUAUUAUGCGUCCACAUCGCGCAUCGUUAACCUCAAAAAAUGUAUGCUUGCUUACUUUUCUUAAAAGCAAUAGCGUUUUGUUGUAAUUUGAUUGUUUAAAACUUUAUGAUGAAAAAAAUAAGAAUAAACAUAUUUUGAUUCAUGACUUUAACAAUGUUUCGAUCUCAAAAUGAAUACAUCAUUAUUAAAACUAUCAAUUAAAUUUUUUCUAAUGAGAUCUUAGGAAAUUCACUCUAAUGUACUCGUACUCUAGGGCCAGUACUCGUACUCGUACUCGUACUCGAAAAAGUCUGUACUUGCCCAGCUCUGGUAUAUACGCUUUUUGAUUUCUUGAUAGAUAACCUUAUCCGACAAAGUCCUUUAAACACCGUAAUCAGAACUCUUGGUCAAACCUAAGUAAAUUUGUUUCUCAUACAAGAACCAUUCCCUGAUAUUUCAAUAAAAACGCUUCUGUUCUCUUUCCAUUAUUUCCCUUCAAAAAACUCAUUAUUUUUUCGUGCGAACAUCAGCAUGGUUCAUCAAUAUAACAAAAUGAAACUUGUCACAUUUGUUCCAUCGCUGAAGACGAUCAUUCAAUGAAUAAACUAUUUUAUUGGAUAAUAUUUAUCGCGUCUUUUUAGCUCGAAUUAAAUAUUACUUCAUAGCACUUAAUGUUCCAAAAUUUACAAAAAUAAUUUUAUUUAAUUUUAUUCGUUUAUUUAUUUAUUUUUAAACUAUUAUUUAAAUAAUAAAGAACGUACACUAGCAAGAUCUGUACUUCAAAAUUUCGAAGACGCUCACCGUUACUUCGCCGCGAAUCACCAUGACGCCCACAGUCUGUCGGACGACCAAAGCAAGCCGAACAGCAAAGUAAGUUGAACGACCAAACUAACUCAAAUAACCAAAGUCAGCCAUACCGCC